AUGGCACGGAACGACCAUGAUGUGGCUCAUGGAAAGAUAGUGAUUGACGUUAUGACAGACUUUGAAGAAGACAAUGGGGAUGAAGAUAAAGUUGAAGAUGAAGAGGAAUCCAAUCAUUCCUUUGUAAACUUUGAUAAUACUGAAGUUGAAGAUGAAGAUUCUAAUACUGUCUCCUAUGAUAGCAAGACUGAUACUGACAUGGUUGAAACUUUAGCUCAGGGUCUGUCCAACAUCUCCUUCUCCAUAAGCUACAGUUACCUUGCCGCUAUCAACUCCCCUUCAAGAUGCCUCUACCCUUCAGGGGGAGUCCAAUUCUAA